GUGAAAGAAAAAGGAACUCCUGUGAAGACGUUGGAGUGGAAGCUCCUCUGUGAGGGUUGAAUUUUUAAUAAAGGCUAGUUAAUUUGACAGCAUGAGCAGUCAUAUUUCUGUUUGGCUUUAAUUUAACUACCAAACAUGGUAGUUAACCCUGCGCCAACCUGGCGGUUGAUUCAGACUGUGAACUACGGAGAAGAAUGCCUUUGUUGGUACGCUAGCUAGUGUUAGCUUUCAUGAUGGGAAAGUAAGAAGCAAAAUAUAAAGUUACACUGACUGACCCUUGAGAGGACUGUCAUUUUUUAAAAGAAGAAACACGACGAGGAAAGAGAGGUCUGUCUGUGUGUGCCUUUAGCUACCUCCGAACCGCUUACACGAUGAAGAACUGCGAGUACCAGCAGAUAGAUCCACGGGCACUGUCGGUGACCCCGCUGUCGGCGCAGAAUCUCGGGGAGAAGAAGGCGCAGUCGCCCCGGAGGAAAUGGGAAGUGUUCCCCGGGAAGAACAGGUUUUUCUGCGACGGGCGACUCAUUCUUUCCCGACAGAGCGGUGUCCUUCCUCUGACAAUGGGCCUUAUUGUUGUCACCUGUGGCCUUUUCUUUGCAUUUGAUUGCCCGUUCCUGGUGAAGCACCUGACCAUCUUCAUACCUGUGAUCGGCGGGGUGCUUUUUGUGUUUGUGGUCAUCUCCCUGCUGAGAACCAGCUUUACCGAUCCAGGCAUUUUACCCAGAGCCACUCCAGAUGAAGCUGCAGACAUAGAGCGGCAGAUAGAUACCUCAGGAUCCUCUACAUACCGCCCUCCUCCGCGGACCAAGGAGAUCCUCAUCAACCAGCAGGUGGUAAAGCUCAAAUACUGCUUCACCUGUAAGAUGUUCCGCCCUCCUCGCACCUCCCACUGCAGCCUGUGCGACAACUGUGUAGAACGAUUUGAUCACCACUGUCCAUGGGUGGGAAACUGUGUGGGAAAACGCAAUUACCGCUUUUUCUACAGCUUCAUCAUCUCCCUGUCUUUUCUCACGUCUUUUAUAUUUGGCUGUGUCAUCACACACAUCACCCUGCGUUCUCAAGAAGGUAAAAGCCUCGUUCAAGCCAUUGAAGAGAGCCCUGCAAGUGUGGUGGAGUUGGUGAUUUGUUUCUUCUCCAUCUGGUCUAUUUUGGGCCUCUCAGGCUUUCACACCUACUUAGUAGCUUCUAAUCUCACCACUAAUGAAGACAUAAAGGGAUCCUGGUCAAGUAAAAGGGGUGCAGAGGAGUCUGAAAACCCAUACACUUACAACAGCAUUAUAACUAACUGCUGCGUAACGUUAUGCGGCCCCAUGCCUCCGAGAUAUAAAAGUGUUAACACUCAGUGUUGUACUGUAUCCACCCUGCCAGGAGGAGAACUGUCAGGACUUUUCUUUGUCCUGCACAGCCUGAAGGUCACUGCUGCAUAUAGAUGGUCGAUGUGCACUCAGAGCACAAAGGAUGUGCUGGAGAGGGUGGUCCACUCCUCAGACUUUCCUGUCCUUUGCUCCCCCGGGACCCCAAAGACUACCCCUCAGGUCCUGAAUGUUUCAAGCCGCGCAGCCCCAACCUCAGAGCCUUCGCCGUCUGUUGGCUGCACACAGCAGCAAGCUCGCCAGCCAGCGGCCACUGCAUGCCCCCCGUUCAGCCGAAGCAACAAGAGGGACUCGCUAUUGAAGAAGUGA